CUCUUCUCGACCGCACCUCACAAAGAUUAUCUCGGGUUUACAGAAAUCUUUUACGUCGGAUUUUAAGAUAUCUACGACUCGAUCACAAUGCCUUCUGCAGCAAGAAGACGGCGCACAGUGCAAGAGGAAGAGGAGUCGUCUGAAGAAGAAGAAGACAGAAGACAGAGCACACAGAGAAAUCGUAGACACGCUCCACCGUCUGAUGAUGAAGAGGAAGAGGAGGAGGAAGAGGGAGCUGGCGACGAUGAAAUGGACGUAGAUGCCAGACCAGAUGCACAAGAUCAAACUGUUAAGAAGAUGGUACGAUACGCAUUGGCAUGCGAAUACCAGCGGAUGCCGAUCAGGAGGGCUGGUAUAUCAGAGAAAGUCAUUGGGAAGCAGCGAGGUAGCUUCAGACGCGUUUUCGAAGCAGCACAGACACAGCUACGAACCAAGUUUGGAAUGGAGAUGGUGGAAUUACCCACCAAAGAAAAGACUACCCUGAAAGACAAAAGAGCUGCGCAGAAGACGAAAGGAGGCGCGAAGACCACAUCCUCUUAUGUCCUCACAACAAUCCUGCCUCCAGAAUACCGCACAGCGGAUAUCAUGCCUCCGUCUAUUGUUGGUGACAUUGAGGACGAAGCCCAGUAUCUAGGAAUUUGUUCUCUCAUUGUUUCGAUAAUCGCCCUCAGUCCCAACGCUACUCUGGCAGAUGUACAACUAAAGAAGCACCUCGGAAGAAUGAAUAUGGAGCGGAAUGCAGGAGGCUUGGGCAGGACCGAGGAUGUAUUGAAGAAAAUGUGCAAUCAAGGGUAUGUGCAAAAGGUUGUCGAGAAGAAUCAAGAUGAGGAAACAAUCGACUGGAAAGUAGGGCCGAGGGGAAAGGUUGAGAUGGCAAGUACGGGCAUACGAGGACUAGUGCUCGAGGUAUAUGGUGAGAAUGCUCCUGAAGAUCUUGAUAAAAGGCUACAGCGAAGUCUCGGUAUGGAGAUCAAGAAAGCCAGCACAGGCAACGGAGUAAAUGGACAAGAAACUGCAGAGGCAGAGGAAGCCGACGAGGAGCGUGAUAAUGGUGACCCUGGUCCAAGUUCUAGAAGAACUUCUGGACGGAGGCGUGGAUGAGGGGGAGGUAAUAGCAACUGGGACAACUUGUGCAGUAUAUUCUAUGAUUGAUUACCUUGGAAGAAAUGUAAUGCAACU